AUCAUUGAAAAAUUCCACUGGUAUCUUCCGUGCACGUAAACAUUCGCUGAAAAAAAAGUGAAAAUUCUAUGUAAAAUCUUGUGAUACCACGUAGAAAAAUCAACACUUCGAAUGUGGUAUCUGUGAAUCGACUAUACGAGUAGCUAUCGUCAGUGCCAACCGCGCAAAAAUGCACCUCUCCCAGGAUGUGUCCAGCGCACUGCAGCAGAUCGAAAUCAUCAAGCAGACGGUGGAGGAGAUGGAACCGAACAAGCUGCAGCUGAAUGUGAUGGACGAUCUGAAAAUGAUAAUCGAUUUGCUGCAGGAUCCGGUUUUCCGAAAUAUUGUACAAAUCCAGGAUUCGCUGGCGGAGUUGAACACUCAAAUAACGCAGCAUCCGUCGAUACUGCCGGGGGAUUUCGAUAUUGCCAAUAGCGGAGAGUUGGUGCUGAAUGUUCCACCAGCAUCGGACUUAUUCGAUGCAGAAUAUCCGGACGAACAGCGGGUUCCAUCGGCGCAGAUUUCCCCGGGUAGUCCAGCUCCGACACAACAGCAGAGAUUGAACGUGAUGGAUCAUUCGUUGCAAGGUUCGCAGAAGGGGUUGCCGCAGACUCAAUCGCAUCCAGCUCCACUGAAAAGGACUAACGAGCUAAUGGAGACUGCCGAGGAGGAUCAGCAAAAUCACGACUCCCAAGAUGACACAUUAAUCCACCAGGGUAUGUACGAUGCCCAUAAAUCAGCAACGGAUCUGCUCGAUGUGCCCGAAUGGUCAAGGAUUCUGGAUAUUGAGUUGGUCAAUGAUGGAACCGGACUUGGGUUCGGUAUUAUUGGAGCUCGUGCUACCGGAGUAACGGUUAAAACAAUCUUGGCCGGUGGUGUUGCGGAUCGUGACGGAAGACUACAGUCCGGCGACCAGAUACUUCAGAUUGGUGAUGUUAACCUGCAUGAGAUGAUCUCGGAGCAGGUUGCAUCGGUUCUUCGCCAAUCCGGAACUCAUGUUCAGUUGGUUGUUGCUAGACCUAUAGAUGCCAACAAUGGUGCCAUCGAAGAGUAUGACAACUCGGCCAUUGUUCCAACGAUCUUGCUAUCUGAUCCAUUGAAGUUGAAACAAUAUCUAGCCGAUUCGGGAUUUUCAGAAAUUUUUAGCGUUUAUUCGAUUGGCAAUCUGGAACCGAGUGUUUUCGAAAAAGCCAGUCCAAUAGAGUUCCCGGAAACAGAAGUGUUCACUGUUGAAUUGAUGAAAGAUCAAAACGGGCUCGGUAUCACGAUCGCUGGCUAUGUAUGCGAGAAGGAAGAGCUGUCGGGAAUUUUUGUCAAAAGCGUUUCACCUGGAAGCGCUGCGGAUCUUAGCGGAAAAAUUCAAGUUAACGAUCGGAUCAUCGAAGUGGAUGGUCAGUCACUGCAUGGAUUUUCCAAUCACCAGGCAGUGGAUGUGCUGAAGCAAAGUGGUCACGUUGUCAAACUUUGCUUGGAGCGUUACCUCCGUGGUCCAAAAUAUGACCAGCUGCAACAGGCCAUCGCUGCGAACGAGAUGAAACCACCGACUCCUGCUACGCCGCCUCCUGCCCUUACUCCAGGUGGUGAUCUAUCCAAGUACGGAAGCAACAUUCUGGAUAUCGUGCCUCGGGCCGUUGACAAACGGUUCAACAAUAGUUUUAGCGAUGACGAAAGUAAUCUUAUGAUGAUGGGUGAACCAGACCAGCAGCUAGAGACGAUGAUGGCCCACAAGAAACUUGCCCGCGCUAAGGAUUCGAUGGAUAGCAAUGAAUAUCGUGAGAAGAUUAAGGAAACUUCAAUUAUACCUCCGUCAUCGGGGGAGGCAAAUCUGGACCUGCUGCUGGCGGAAGGUACGAGUUCGGCUGCCUUUGCCAGUCACGGCAAACAGCGCAGUUCGUUGAAGGUUACUGAGGAAACGGAGGCAUUCAUCGCUAAGAAAUGGAAUAGCAUUCUCGGUUCGAACGUGAAAAUCAUUGUAGCUAAUAUACGAAAAUUCAACGCUUGCAGUGGGUUGGGAAUAUCCCUCGAAGGAACAGUCGACGUCGAAGGGGGUAAAGAAGUACGGCCACAUCACUACAUCAGAUCGAUACUGCCGGAGGGACCCGUCGGACAGAAUGGACUACUGCGGUCCGGUGAUGAAUUACUCGAGGUCAACGGUCAGCGUCUCCUCGGGAUGAACCACCUGGAGGUGGUUUCGAUUCUGAAGGAACUACCGCAGGACGUUUGUAUGGUGUGCGGACGUGGUGAGGCGGAUAUGUUGCAGUUCACCGAAGAGGCACUCAUCAGCACCCUGGAGGAAGAGAUAGCAAAGAGUCGUGCCGGAGCUGGUGGUCUGCAGAGUAGCCUGACCCCGUCGGAACGCUUGGUUAAGGCAAAAAGUGACGGAAGUCUGGCUACAACAGGUGGGCCUAGCGAUGGGUUCUCGAAGAUUAAAUCCAGAAGUUUGGAACCGUUGACCGGUUUGGCGAUGUGGAGCUCUGAGCCACAGAUCAUUGAACUGGUCAAGGGGGAACGUGGGCUCGGGUUUUCGAUUUUGGACUAUCAGGAUCCGCUGGAUCCGAAUGAUACGUUGAUCGUCAUUCGAUCAUUGGUGCCCGGGGGAGUUGCUCAAUUGGACGGCCGAUUGAUUCCUGGCGAUAGGUUGUUGUUUGUAAAUGACACUAUUUUGGAAAAUGCUUCGCUGGAUCAAGCUGUGCAGGCGUUGAAGGGUGCUCCGAAAGGUGUGGUCAGGAUUGGAGUAGCGAAACCACUGCCGAUGCAGGAUUCAUCGAUAUCGGCUUUCGAGGAUAAAAGCGGGGAAGCUGGUGCGGGUGCUAGUUAUCCCGUUAACGACGCCACUCGCAUCUCCACAGGCAGUAUGUUAUCCAUGACCAAACCGGAUAUUAUUAUGGAAUGAGUACGUAUAGUCAUAAGCAGAGAGGGAUUACAGGGCUGUUUGGACUUGUAUAAGCAGCUAUCAGAUCUUUGGCAUUUUAUUGAAUAUCUUAGUUCAAUUAUGGACGACAGAUAUUUGGUUUAAGUUUGCUCUGAACUUGAAAAGCUCAUUCUUCCAUGUAAAAGCUCUCAGAAAACAACGCGCGGUUUUUUUUCUGUAAACAUAGUCCCAAAACCGUGUGCCACCGGCGUAAGCAGUUUGCGAACCUUGCCCUUACCCGGUAUGCUUAUUUGUAUGAACUUAAUUAUUUUUUUUCCAUUGACUAUCGACAUGACAUAAGUUAUCUUACUCCUCAUCCAAAAUCCAUCCAUUAAUUCUUCUAUAAGUUUUUUGAUACUAUGUUCUAAAAGCACUACUUCAGCACUGUCUCGCAAUAAGUCGAUUUUGUCUCCGUUCCAUGGUAAUUUAAAAUCAUCGUUACGAUCUAAGCCGUCGAACAGAAGUACAUUUACCUUACGGGACGAUAUAAGAAUUCCACCAGUAAGAAAAACAUUAUUACUAUUUUAUUUUUUCUUGCAAAAUUAAGUUUUGGUUUCUGUUUCGUUUCGCUGUUAUUGUUAAGGAUAUCGUAUCCAGCAAAACAAACAGCAAACAGAAUAAGUGGUUUACAAUGCUAUCAGCUCUAAAGAUACCUAUUUGAGCGUAAUAUAUCCUAUCUGUAUACUACUUUUGAGUUGCACAUAGAUGCCGUGAUAUAACACGAACAUAACUGACGCUUUGUUGUUACCCAAGAAUCGCUUCACCUUAUGACACGUUUGGCCGAAAAACAUUUUCAUUUCAAAGUGUCACUAACUACUUAAUUAGUAAUUUACGAGGAAAGGUAUAUUUUCAGCAUUAUACGAAGAUAAGUACACUAUAUUCAAAACAGUGAGCUACAUAGGUGCAAUGAUGAUUGAUUUUGAAUUUAUUUUACAAAUACUUGGAAACACUAAUCGUCCCGAGGGUGUAGGAAUAACCAUCCAUCAAGCCUCUCAUUAGCUUCAACUACUUGAAUCACGCUCAUAGCUCAGUUCAAAAUAAAUUAUGUAAUUUUCAACAUUUAUCAUUAUUUGCGCUUUUUGUCGAAACAAAUUCGUGAAUUCGUUUCUGACUUAUGACGUUAAUCGGAUAUGAUAUAAAACCAACGGAACAAAACAUCAAACAACUACAGUAAAACUUCGUUAGACUGGGAAUAGUAUAUUUCUUUGAUUCACCAACUCGAUAGAAAGUGAGUAUAUCACAUCAAAAAAACUAUUCACAGGACUAGCGGAAUUGAGCUGUAUUUUCUCAAUAUAAACAGUUAUCAAAAUUGAAACUUUGCGGUGGAUACUGCAAUCGAAAUUUAAGGUUGCACAGAGAAUGCGCAAAAUUCGCAAACGAAAAAAGCAGUUUUUUCUACACCGUAUGUCAGAUCUUCAUAAAAAUCAAUCAGCAGUACUGUAACAACAUUCUACAUACGCUGAUUGAUUUUUAUGAAGAUCUGACAUACGGUGUAGAAAAAACUGCUUUUUUCGUUUGCGAAUUUUGCGCAUUCUCUGUGCAACCUUAAUGGAACUGUAGAAUUUGUCGAUGCUUAGAGCAGCAAUGUAAAGUACGUGCAUCUGCCGGCAAGUAGGAAAAGCAGUAGUUCCGUCCAUGGGACAUAUGUUCCGUGGACGGUUUGCUCGUAGAUUCGAAAUCAAUUUCCAUGAUAAAAAUGAUCACAUAUAAAAGAAGUAGACAGUAGAAUAGACUGAACUAGAAUUUGACGCAGGUUCAAAGUAGCUCAACUCGAUCGAAAGACUAGAGAAAACGAAUGACGUUUCUUGAUCAAUUAUUUCUCUUGAACAAUCAGCUUAGUUAGAAUACGGAAUUAACCCAGCACCCGUCUUAGUAUACAGUCCUUUCCUACCUACUCAUUGCUCAUAUAGAAAGUAUUGAUUGACUGGUGGCGGUUAAUUGAGUCGAUGUUGAAAAAAUAAAAUUCAACCCUGUUACUGAAUUAUAAAACACCAAUCUAUUGUGGAUAAAUCGUUUGAAAAUAAUACUAUUCCAACAUUACAACAGUUCAUGGUAAUAAUGAUGAUACGAGGAAGAUUUAUUUCUAUGUUUAGUUUUUCGCAAAAUGGUGUUUUAUAGAGAUACCUUCUUCUACACAACUAAUUAAUUCAUUUUUUCCCAACUUGUUUGUACUUAAAGCCAUGAUUGGCUACUGUUUCUGUAUUAUAAUACAAAUCAAUUGAAUAUUUAACAAGAAAAUCACAAUUUAUGAUGACAUGCGUAAUAGUUGUAUAACAAAACGAAAAGGGUGUCACAAUACUUAACUACAAGUGAAAGUAAUGAUAAUGCUAUAAUGGUACAUAUAUUACAAAGAAAGUUUAUUUAUAUACAAUGUUUAGACAAAUCCAUUCCACUUAGUCUUAUAGUUAUUCUACGCAAUUAUAUAUUCAAUAUGACAGUAAAGAGACAUUUAUUAAUGGUACGUAAUAAAAUAGCAUGCGAAUUCGA